CACACAGACUGUUAGCACGCUGCUGUCAUAGCAUCAUGUGACCCAGCAGUAUUCAAUCGAAGACCUGCUUGCUCGAUCACCAAACAUCUGCUCCUACUGCUUCAGCCAAUCAGAGCUGUUGUUAAUUCUUGUCCCUGUCAGCACUGGCUGCUGCUGGCUUUUUUUUCUUUUUUUUUCUUUCUCUUCUGCCUGCGUGAGAGGAAGUGUGUGUUUCCUGCCAGGGGAGGGUCCAGGAUUAACUCAGCUCCGUCUGCUUUCAUACCAACGCUCAGCUGAUAGCGCUGCUGAAGGAUACUCUGUAGCCAGACAGACAUGCUAGCCUUUAGUCUGAAGGCCGCUGUGGUUUUUAAGGGCAGACUCUAGAGAGAGCAAGAGGAGGGAGCUGUUUUCUGUUUUUGUAGGGUGGAGGAGGGAGAGAGAACAUUCAGUUCACCAGUGACAGAGAGCAGGAGGUUUGCUUCUGUAGGGAGGGAAAAGCAGAGGCAAGAGGAAAGAUCCCGUGUCAGGCCAGUGACUUGGCCUGGCGGGAGAGAGCUGGUCAGGGCUUGCUGAGGCAUGUCCAUUGGAGCAAGGCAUCCAGAGGCAGAGACAGGAUUUGUCCCAAGUGUCCAAGACUUUGACAAGAAGCUAGCUGAAGCUGACGCCUACUUACAGAUUUUGAUUGACCAGCUAAAGCUGUUUGAUGAGAAGAUCAAGGACUGCAAAGAGGAUGAAUCACGCAGGAAAAUUGAAAAUUUGAAGGAGACUACAUGUAGUAUGGUAGAAUCCAUCAAGCAUUGUAUUGUAUUGCUGCAAAUUGCCAAGGACCAAAGUAACGAACAGCAACACGCAAACGGACUUAUAAGCACCAUUAACCCAGUGGAUGGGAUCUAUCAGCCGCCUCUGGACACUCCUGUAGUCAACACCACCAUGCCAACACAGACCACACUACCUACAGACGGAUCUCAGGUGUGUAAAUCAGACCAACGACCCUCCACGCUACCGGUGGGUCCUGUCGUCACGGUGAUGGGCAGCCUGCAGACCCCAACACCCAACAGCACAGGGAGUGGUCCGUCAGGCCCCAGUAGUGGCGUCACCUCCCCAGCCCACAUCCCCCUCCCCUCCCACUCGGUGCCAGACUUUUCCUAUUCCUCCAGCGAGGACGAGUUCUAUGACGCUGACGAGUUCUACCAGAGCAGCACUUCCCCCAAACACUGCAUAGAUCCUUCAGGGCCUGCAGCUGCCUUGCCUCUUGGUGAUGAAGAAACAGCACUGAAACGGCCCGACACCAAUGAGUCCCUCAACUCCUCCAUGUCCAAUGGCACUACUGAUGCAGACUUAUUUGAUAGCCAUGAUGAUCGGGACGAUGAAGGAGAAGGGGAGUCAGUAGAGGAGCACAAGAGUGUUAUCAUGCAUCUGCUGUCCCAGGUCCGGCUGGGCAUGGACCUCACUAAGGUGGUCCUGCCUACCUUCAUCCUAGAGCGGAGGUCUUUGUUAGAAAUGUAUGCAGACUUCUUUGCACAUCCCGACUUGUUUGUCAGCAUCGCAGAGCAGCCAGAGCCCCGGGAGCGCAUGGUUCAGGUGGUGAAGUGGUACCUGUCAGCCUUUCAUGCAGGGAGGAAAGGCUCAGUUGCCAAGAAACCCUACAACCCCAUCCUGGGAGAAGUCUUCUACUGCCACUGGGAUCUGCCCAAUGAGGCAGAGGAGCCUCCCCCUCACACGGAGACAGUAUCAGAGGGUCCAGUUCCAUGGUCUUCACCCAACAGUGUGUGUUUUGUAGCAGAGCAGGUCUCUCAUCACCCACCCAUUUCUGCAUUCUAUGCAGAGUGUUUAAGUAAGAAGAUCCAAUUCAACGCUCACAUUUGGACAAAGUCCAAGUUCCUAGGGAUGUCCAUAGGUGUUCAUAAUAUCGGCCAAGGCUGUGUGUCGUGUUUGGAGCACGACGAACAUUACAUCCUCACUUUCCCUAAUGGAUAUGGCAGGUCAAUCCUGACUGUGCCGUGGGUGGAGCUGGGCGGGGAGUGUAGCAUCUCCUGCUCCAAGUCGGGCUACAGUGCCAACAUCGUGUUCCACACCAAGCCUUUCUAUGGAGGCAAAAAGCACAGGAUCACCGCUGAGAUUUUUGCACCUAAUGAUAAGAAGUCUUUCUGCUCCAUUGAAGGGGAAUGGAACGGAGUGAUGUAUGCCAAGUGGGCUACUGGAGAAAACACACUGUUCAUUGACACAAAGAAGAUGGGAAUCAUUAAGAAGAAGGUUAGGAAGCUGGAAGACCAGCUGGAGUAUGAGUCCCGCAGACUAUGGAAGGAUGUGACACUGAACCUGAAGCUGAAAGACAUUGAUGCAGCAACAGAAGCCAAACACCGGCUGGAGGAGAAACAAAGAGCCGAAGCCCGAGAGAGGAAGGAAAAUGAGCGGCAGUGGGAGACUAGGCUGUUCCACGAGGAUGGAGAGUGCUGGGUCUACGAUGAGCCACUAUUAAAGAGAAUAGUUUCACAGAGGCACUGAGGAGACUGUGCGCACUCUGAUAUACACACACAUACACAUAUGCAUAAAUAAAUGCACACACACACACAACACAAGAGUCUUCAUAAGAACUCUUUUGCAAAACCACUUCCUAUUCAAGCCUUGGAAUGACUGACUGGUGAUUGAAUAUGUACACAGCUUUGCAUUUGACAGUAAAACAAUAUUGAAUUGAAUGAAAUCCAUGAAAAAACGUCUAAGAUGUAAAAUGAAGAUUAGCUAAGCUCCUCCCCUUACUUGGCCAACCUCACUUCCACCACCAACGACGCCCCUCCACCCCCCUCCAGAAGACUCAGCAGCAGAGAGCGCAGAUGUCGAUGCGUCUCGGCUCUCAGCUCUGUCCAUCGGCUUCACGACCACGCCCUCCAGCUGCUUCGCAGGACGACCCCAAGCAGCUCUCGUUUCUUAAUUCACAGAGUUCUUUUGUGUCCUCUUUGGGGCGGGGGUGGUGGGGUGAUGGUGUUCAGAGCAAAUAAAUCUUGACAAACGAAACAGCGCUCUACAUCUCAGGGAACCUGGUGACUGAGGAAGAAAAGCUGCUGUCCCCUCCAAGAGUCUGACAGCCUUAUAACGGUGGAACGGAAGAAUCACAAAAGGGGCGGGGGGGAGAAACUCUCGACUUGCCUACAACUAGUUACAACUGUUGUUUAUAUAUAGAUAUACAUAUGAUGGAUAUAUAAAUAUAUAUUCUCUUUUUUAUUUUCAUUGCUCUUUUUUUGUUUUGUUUAUUUUUUCAUUCUGGCAAUAGUUUAAAAUAUUUGAUGAUAUGAACUUGAUGGCUUCACUUCUUUAGGAAUCAUUCCAUUUACCCUUUUAGGACAUUGUGUUCUUAUUUCAAGUUCAUUGACAUUGCCUCUGCCACCUGUUUGAUCCUUCACCAUCCUUUUUGUGUCCAAGAUGCUGUCCAGAAGCAAGCCCUACAUGAGCCAUAGCAUUCAAACACAUAGAUUGGGAGAGUUGUUAUAGAUUUAUUUAAUAUAUGCAAUAUAGAGAUGAUUUUUACAUUGCCUGUCAAAUUUUGGUAUCCACUAUGCUUUUAAAUAAGAUUAAAUGGUGUAAAGAGAAGGCUGAAGGGUUUUUGAUCUGGACAGGGUCCUUAUCGUCAAGGACAAGUAGUAUGGAACGCUUUCUAUUUCAGCUGAAGGCAUUUAUGAACAAACGAUUGUUUACUUAUUUUUGUCUUUACUGGAUCAUUGUAUGGCAAGGAUGUCACAGCAGCAGUGAGUCUCCCGAGUCUCCCUUUUGCUCUACAUGUUGUCUGUCUCAAAAAUCCUUGAAGCCAGAAGGGGUCGCCUCGGCUGAUGUUCACUCUUGUGUUGAGAGAGGAAACAAGAAGCCAAGGGGAGACUUGCGAGGCGCAGCUGCUGUUUGGAAGAGUGCUGCUAGAGUCUAAAUUUGUUUGGUCGGUCCAGACUGCUGCCAUGUUAGCCUGUGUCCAGUAAUGGUUUUCAAUAUAAGAAACAUAGAGGGCGAUAUUUAGCCCGCUGUACGCCUCUGUCUGUUUAAACCAUUGUUCAUUCUCUUGUUCACUGCUGCAUAGGUUCAAUGUUAAAGUUACUGGGAUGAGCUACUAAAAGAAAUGUUAAUAUUUUUCACCUGAUGAUUGCCAAGAAAGAUAUUUCACAGCACUGUGCUAAGCUCACUUCAGAGUGUCCUGUUAUUUUUGAGUUGCCGCAGAUUUGUUCAUUGCCACACUUAUAUAUUUGGCCAAUGUGAAAAAUUUUAAAUGAAAAGAAUAUCUUCAAAGUGUUUGACCCGGUGAAAGGAUCCAUAAAGACAGACAGAUGCAUAUUACUGUUGCUGCAUGCACACCCGGUCGUAAACCUUUGGUGAAAAUCACAACAUGCUUGUACUCAGUUGCAAAAGUUGAAUGUCACCCUUCUCUUACGGUAGGUAACUGUUUCAAGGCAAUUGAAAUUUGCAGAGGUUAUACAAAAACUCAAAGCCAUUACGUUUUGUUGGGUUUUUUUUUUCCUCCAUGUCAUGUCUUUGUAAAUUAUAUUGAAUUGAGGCCUUGCCAUACAUUUCAUUAUCAUACAGUAUCGCUUAAUAGAGAACAAUCAAGACAAAUGUAUUUUUUAUUUCAUUCUGAUCAUAACCAUUGAUUGUAUCAGACUCUCCUGUUUAUUGAUGCAUAGUAUUAAAUCUCCAUGAGUUUA